AUGGCAUUUCCAACUGGGGGUAUCAAGGUCCCUGACCUGCCGCCCCAAGCGGUGCCAACUUCGGCCCCGGAAGUGCAAGCGCAGCAAGCGGGGAACGAGCCGCCAUCGGAGACGGCUUGGUCCAGGUAUCAAGCCGGCCAAGCUAGACCCCUGGGCUCGAGAUCAUUGAGUCGAUCGAGACCUGCGGACUACGAGCGCUACGGUGGAUAUGAUCGUGGGAGACCAGGUCGGAGGGAUGUCUCCAGACCACGUGUCGCGCAUAUCCCCUGUCAUUUGGAAGAUGCAGUUCGAGAGAUGCUUCCCGAUCCGAAAAGUGGACAUAAGAAUUGCCGAGCCGAUGGCACCUUUGAUGGUCUCUAUGUGGAUUGCACCUUCGGUCGAGGAGGUCACACGGAGCACAUCUUGAGCCGACUCUCGGGCUCCGGGCGACUCAUCGCCUUCGAUGUGGAUCCCGAGGCAGUAGCCGUGGCCCGGCAACUGGAAGCCAGGGACCCUCGUUUUCGAAUCGCCCACCGACCCUUCUCGGAACUGCGGGAAGAACUGCGCGGGGUCCAAAUCGAUGGCCUUUUGGUCGAUUUGGGUGUUUCCAGUCCUCAGCUGGAUGAUCGUCAUCGUGGCUUCGGCGUCAACGAGGACUCGGAGUUGGACCUUCGGAUGAAUCAGCAAGUUGGCAUCCCGGCGUGGCAAUGGCUGCAGCAGUGCACGACUGAGGAGCUGGCAUGGGUCAUCCGCGAAUACGGCGAGGAUGGUGAUCCAGUGAUGGCGGACCGCAUCGCUGAGGUGGUGAUGAUGUACGUGGAAAAGAGGAAGCGCAUGAAGCAGCCAAUGGUUCGAAGCACCAGAGAGCUGGGAGAUUACGUGAAGAUUGCCAAGCAGAACUUCGAUGAGAGAGGACAGCACCCAGCAAAGCUGACGUUCCAAGCGCUGCGGAUGUUUUUGAACCAAGAGAUGCAACAGCUGGAUGCUCUCCUGGAGGCAGCCUGUGAAUCGUUGGUGAACGGGGGGAAGUGUGUGGUCAUCACUUUCAAGAAGAAGGAAUGCGAAGCUGUAGUGAAAUUUGUCCGACAGAACGAGGAACCUCUACUGCGACGCGACGCCAACACGAGUAAGGCUAGAUGGCUCGAGCUCUACCCUUUGAUGGCCCGUGACAGCGAGUGGUCCGUCACCUUUGCGAGGAACCCCAUUCGACCACGAGAUGAAGAUAUCAAGGAGAACCCACGGACGCGAUCUGCCAUCGUCCAUGUCUUGAAAAAGAACAACAGGAUCCAGCCGAAGAUUAGCCUCGAGGAAGGAACUUCGCCGCGACCCGCUCAGGAACGCUACAAGAAACCCGACUAUGUGCCUAUCUUCAAAGGUGCUGAGAGCCCCAGCGGCAGAAACCAGGGAUCAGAUGAGUGGCGGCCAGAUGAAUGGCUCCCUCGACAAGAUGCAGGCUUUCCACGCCCUGCAACGGAGUCAGUCUUCCCACCUAGCACUGAGCCGGUGCGGAAGGCAGCGCCACAGCCGCAGCCGCAGAACACUCAACAGGUUUUCGCACCAGCAUCGUUCCCUCCUACUCAGUCGGCUGAACCAGAGGCUCAACGAGUUCCAGUGAAGGCCUUUCCAGGUCAAGCUCAGGCACCAGCGCAAGAGUCAUCGUUUCCCAAUACAGAGCCUCGCCAGCAGGCUUCUCCAGUCCGCCCACCGGUCAAGGCUUUUCCAACUGGGAGUACAGCAGAGGCACCGCCAUCGUCGUUUCCUCCUGCGCAACCUUUUCAACAGGCUCCUCCUGCUCGACCACCAGUCAAGGCUUUUCCAGCUGGGCAAACAGCAGAGGCCUCCAAGACAACAGCCUCGCCGCCUGUCAAGGCGUUCCCAAGAGCUCCCUCGUCCCAGGCGAAUCCACAAUCGCCCACGGAGCACAGAGUCAGGUUCAUGGACGGCACCGAAGAGGCGGCCGAAGCCGUGGCCAUUGGCGAAUGUCGCGCCACUGUAGACCUGGAGAAACCGAAUGUAAGGCGCGGCGACCUCUUGUGGAUCUUCGAGGUGGAUGGCGAGUGGUUGUGCGGCACUGCGCAGAAAGGCCGGCCGCUUGCGUGCGGGGAGCAGAGACUGGUGAGGUACACCUUCAAGCCGGGUGAAAAGGUGCCAUUGGAGCCUGACCUGAGCUUUCCACCUGUCUUCACCGCGGAUAGCUGCGAGUGGAGUGCUGAUGGGUCACUGCUGGGACUGGUGGACAGCACUGGAGGGGUCCAGGUGCUGGAUGCUUCUGAUGGCUACAAGCCCUUGUGUCAAGUGCCUGCCCUGGUGGGUGGUGUCAGGAACUUCUACUUUUCCCCGCUUGGGAACCACCUGGUGACUUAUGAGCGAUGGGAGAAGGAGGCUGGCAACAACGUGGGCCUGUGGGAUGCCAAGACGGGCCAGAUGCGCUUCUCCUUCACCAUGAAGAACAUGACGGCCAUGACAUGGCCGCCCCUGAAAUGGACUGCCCUGGAGACGCACUGCUGCCGAAUGGUACAGGAUGGCGUUCAGAUCAUGCCGGGCACCUGCGACCGAGAGAACGCGCAGAUCUCCCGGAUCGAAGCCCCUGGGAUCAUGGCCUUCGAGGUGGCCCCCAAGGGUGCUGGCAGCGGCGGUGCUGGCGAGCCUCACGUGGCCAUUUGUAUUGCGGAGUGGAAGGGACAACCGGCCAGAUGUCAGAUCUACCGGGUGGACCAGCCCAGCCGCGCCACGGCCACGAAGAAUUUCUUCAAGGCGCAGACUGUCACCAUGGCGUGGAACAACACCGGCACGGCGGUGCUGGUGAAAGCGGCCACCGAGGAGGCAAGCACUGGAAAGAGUUACUAUGGCGAUGCAAGCCUGUAUUUCCUCCGCGCAGAUGGAGAGGAGACCGCCCUUGUGGCCUCCGCGGACGGUGGGCCGCUGCAUGAUGUGCAGUGGAAUCCCACGCAGGAUGAGUUCGUGAUGCUUCACGGCCAACAUCCUUGUUCAGCUGCACUCUACGAGGGUCGCAAGGGGAGCAAGCGAAUGGACUUUGGCACGGGACACCGAAACACCAUCAGAUGGAACAACUUUGGCCGCUUCUUCACCUUGGGUGGAUAUGGCCAACUGAAGGGUGAUACCGACUUUUGGGACAAGCCUGGCAAGAAGUUGAUGGCCUCUCUCCGCAUGGAGUGCUGUGUGGUCUGCGGCUGGGCUCCUGAUGGUCGACACUUCCUGGCUGCAACCACUGCUCCCAGGAUGCGGGUAGACAACAAGAUCGAGAUCUAUGAUUACCUGGGUUCACUUCUGGGCAAACUGGAUUUCGAGGAACUUUUACUAGCAGGUUGGAGGCCCAGACCUCGGGGAGCCUUCCAGGAUCGACCACCGUCGCCGGGACGCACUCAAGCUUCAGAGCCGAAGGCGGCGGCAAAGCCAAAGCCGGCAGCCUACCGGCCUCCAGGCGCCCGUGGUGGUGGCCUGGCCGAGCAGCUGCGAAAGGAGCUGGGCUCCACUUCGGCAGAGGCGGCCACCACUGCCACGAAGGUUGGUGCCGGCGCGGCGGCGCCGCCGGUGUUCUUGCCGCCGGGCGCAUCGGCGGCGGACUUUGCGCCGAAGGCUGCUGCCGCCGCGACUGGUUCGAGCCGAAAUGCUCGGAAGAAGAAGGCCAAAGAGUCCAAAGAGGCUGAGGCGCCAGCACCCGAAGUGGAGAAGUUCUCUCCACCUCAGCGACAGGGAGGGGCAGAAGCUGCAGAAAAGCCGGCCCCCGCAGGGGACGGUGAUGAAGUUGAAAAGAAGGUAAGAGCCUUGAGGAAGAAACUGAGAGAUAUCGACAAGUUGAAGGAGAAGGUGUCAGCAGGAGGUGAUUUGGAUCCCCUGCAGAAGCAGAAAUUGGAAGGUGAAAGCGAGAUCCUUCAGCAGAUUCGGAGCCUUGGUGCUGAGCCCUGA